GCACCCCCGGCAGGCACUCAUUCAGGAGCGAGCGAGCGAAGCGAUGCAGGCACUAGCACGAGAGGCGCGGGGGAUCUGGCCGGCGGCGGCCGCGGCCGCGGGGAGGGGGAGCCGCGGGCAGGUGCAGCCGUCCCGGGGGAUCGUGGUGCAGGUGAGGGACGGCAACCUGGAGCGCGCGCUCCAGGUGAUGGAGCGGAAGAUGCGGUCCAGCGGCAUCGAGCGGCUCAUCAAGCGCCGGACGGAGCACCACGUCAAGAACUCCGAGAAGCGCGUGCUCGCGCGCAAGGCUCUCAUGGCGCGCGUCCGCUCCCAGGAGCUCGGCAAGAAUCUCCGCGAUAUCCUCAUCAAGAAGAUCAGGGGUCAGUAAGGGCAUCUCUCAACGGGCAGCAUUUCAGCAACAUUCGACGGUACUACAGCAGGGUUACAAUGCUAUUUCUUAAUGGGUGGAUCAUGUUUAACAUGUAAUCAAUCUUCAUGGUGGAAUUUAGCAAUUGAACCGAUUAUUUGUUUUUUCCAACAAUGGAUCUGUUUAGAGCUGCUUUGAUAAAUACCCACAUGUGUGCUAGGAAUCUUUUCAUUUCUUGGAUCACACACAAAUCUGCGAUAAAUUAUUGAGGAAUUUUUAUGGUACUCCUUA